AUUGGAGGUCGUGGAAGAACUAAUGGCUUCCCUCAACAGAAUGGUGAUGGUGAACCUAUCACAUUGUUUGAAGUGGUUAAAUUGGGCAAAAGUGCAAUGCAGGCAGUAGUGGAUGAUUGGAUUGAGUCCUAUAAACAGGACAGGGAUCUGGCUCUUCUGGAUCUAAUCAAUUUCUUCAUCCAGUGCUCAGGAUGUAAAGGGACUGUCCGAAUUGAGAUGUUCAGAAACAUGCAAAAUGCUGAAAUUAUCCGGAAAAUGACAGAAGAGUUUGAUGAGGACAGUGGAGACUAUCCCCUUACCAUGCCUGGACCUCAGUGGAAAAAAUUCCGGUCAAAUUUCUGUGAAUUUAUUGGUGUUUUAAUUCGGCAGUGCCAGUAUAGCAUAAUCUAUGAUGAAUACAUGAUGGACACUGUUAUUUCUCUUCUUACUGGUCUCUCAGACUCCCAGGUUCGAGCAUUCAGGCAUACUAGUACACUAGCUGCUAUGAAGCUUAUGACAGCACUUGUGAAUGUGGCCUUAAAUUUGAGUAUCCAUCAGGAUAACACACAAAGGCAGUAUGAAGCAGAACGGAACAAGAUGGCUGGAAAAAGAGCUAAUGAGCGACUGGAGUUGCUGCUACAGAAGAGGAAAGAGCUUCAAGAAAAUCAAGAUGAAAUUGAAAAUAUGAUGAACUCUAUUUUUAAGGGUAUAUUUGUACAUAGAUAUAGAGAUGCAAUAGCCGAGAUUAGAGCAAUUUGUAUUGAAGAAAUUGGAGUGUGGAUGAAAAUGUACAGUGAUGCCUUCCUAAAUGACAGUUAUCUGAAAUACGUGGGAUGGACGUUGCAUGAUCGACAAGGUGAAGUCCGACUUAAGUGUUUGAAAGCUCUACAGAGUCUUUACACCAACAGAGAGCUGUUUCCCAAACUGGAACUGUUCACAAACCGAUUCAAGGACCGUAUUGUGUCUAUGACACUAGAUAAAGAAUAUGAUGUAGCUGUGGAAGCUAUUCGAUUGGUUACGUUGAUUCUUCAAAGUGGAAGUGAAGAGUCAUUGUCCAGUGAAGACUGUGAAAAUGUUUAUCAUUUGGUUUACUCUGCUCACCGGCCUGUUGCUGUAGCAGCAGGAGAAUUCCUGCACAAAAAGUUAUUCAGCAGACAUGACCCACUAGCAGAAGAGGCACUGGCUAAAAGGAGAGGGCGUAAUAGUCCAAAUGGAAACUUGAUCAGAAUGUUGGUGCUCUUUUUCUUAGAAAGUGAGUUGCACGAACAUGCAGCUUACUUGGUAGACAGUCUGUGGGAGAGUUCACAGGAACUUUUGAAAGACUGGGAGUGUAUGACUGAAUUACUUCUUGAGGAGCCUGUCCAAGGAGAAGAAGUGAUGUCAGAGAGGCAGGAGACCGCCUUGAUUGAGCUUAUGGUCUGUACAAUUCGACAGGCUGCCGAAGCCCAUCCACCUGUUGGAAGAGGAACUGGGAAGAGAGUAUUAACAGCCAAAGAGCGAAAAACACAAAUAGAUGACAAAAAUAAGUUGACGGAACAUUUUAUUAUUGCACUGCCAAUGUUGUUGUCUAAGUACUCUGUGGAUGCCGAGAAGGUAGCUAACCUGUUGCAGAUACCUCAGUUUUUUGACUUGGAACUUUACAGUACAGCCAGAAUGGAAAAGCAUCUAGAUGGCUUACUAAAACAAAUCAAGUUUGUUGUGGAAAAGCAUAUUGAACAUGAUGUCUUGGAGGCAUGUAGUAAGACGUACAGCAUCCUGUGCAGUGAGGAGUAUACUAUCCAAAACAGAGUUGAUGUUGCACGAAGCCAGCUGAUUGAUGAACUGGUGGAUCGUUUUGGCCACGCUGUAGAGGAACUGUUACAGGAGGGAGAAGAAGCAGAUGAUGAUGACAUUUAUAAUGUGCUUUCUACUCUGAGAAGGUUAACAGCAUUUCAUAAUGCACACGAUCUUACUAAAUGGGAUCUAUUUGGGAACUGCUACAGGCUACUGAGGACAGGAAUUGAGCAUGGAUCGAUGCCAGAACAGAUUGCAGUUCAGGCUUUGCAGUGUUGUCAUUAUUCCAUUCUCUGGAUUUUGGUUAAAAGUGCAGAAGUCACCUCUUCCAAAGAAGAUUUGUUAGCCCUGAGGAAGACAGUGAAAACAUUUCUUGCUGUAUGUCAACAAUGCCUGUCCAACGUUAAUACACCUGUGAAAGAGCAGGCCUUCAUGUUGCUUUGUGACCUCUUGAUGAUCUUCAGCCAUCAGUUGACAGCUGGAGGCAGGGAUAGUCUACAGCCCUUGAUGUUUAACCCUGAUUGUAGUCUACAGACAGAACUUCUGAGUUUUGUGAUGGACCAUGUCUUCAUAGAUCAGGAUGAAGAAAACCAGAGCAUGGAAGGCGAUGAAGAAGAUGAAGCUAACAAGAUAGAGGCCUUACAUAAAAGGAGAAACUUGCUUGCAGCUUUUUGCAAGUUGAUAAUUUAUGAUAUUGUAGAUAUGCAUGCAGCAGCCGAUAUUUUCAAGCACUAUAUGAAGUAUUACAAUGAUUAUGGUGAUAUCAUCAAAGAGACUUUGAGUAAAACAAGACAGAUUGACAAGAUCCAGUGUGCAAAGACCCUUAUUCUCAGUUUACAGCAGUUGUUCAAUGAAUUAGUUCAAGAACAAGGUCCAAACCUUGACAGAACAUCUGCACAUGUCAGUGGAAUCAAAGAACUUGCUCGCAGAUUUGCUUUAACCUUUGGCCUGGAUCAAAUCAAAACAAGAGAAGCUGUUGCCACAUUGCACAAGGAUGGUAUAGAGUUUGCCUUCAAGAUCCCAAAUUCCAAAGGAUCGGAAUAUCCCCCUCCUAAUCUUGCUUUUCUUGAAGUUCUGAGCGAAUUUUCUUCCAAACUUCUACGUCAGGACAAGAAGACAGUACAUACAUACCUUGAAAAGUUUAUGACUGAACAGAUGAUGGAAAGGAGGGAAGAUGUUUGGCUUCCUCUCAUCUCGUAUCGGAAUUCCUUGCUUACUGGUGGGGAUGAUGACAGGAUGUCAAUUAUUAGUGGAGGUAGCAGCAGUAAAGUGUCAUCAAUUCGCAGUAAAAAAGGACGACCGCCACUGUACAGAAAAAGGAUAGAUGAAGAAAAUGUUGAUGGAUCUUGGAUAAAUCGAAAUGAUAGUAUCCAAACACCUGGACCUUUGCAAACUCCUCAGCUUACCUCUACAGUGCUACGUGAAAACCAAAGGCCAGCAGGAGAACAGAUGCAAGAACAAGAGUCAGAGUUGUCAUCAGAGUCAGACUUCAUGCACAAUCCUCAAAUGCAGAUGUCAUGGCUAGGCCAACAGAAGCUAGAUGAUGUGAAUCGGAAAGAUCGAGUGGGAAUUAACUAUAUGAAAGUUCGCGCUGGUGUCCGGCAAGCAGUCCGUGGUCUAAUGGAAGAUGAUGCUGAGCCUAUAUUUGAAGAUGUGAUGAUGUCAUCACGAGGGCAGCUUGAAGAUAUGAAUGAAGAAUUUGAAGACACAAUGGUCAUUGAUCUGCCUCCAUCAAGAAAUAGACGUGAACGAGCUGAACUAAGGCCGGACUUUUUUGAUUCUGCAGCUAUAAUAGAAGAUGAUUCGGGAUUUGGAAUGCCUAUGUUUUGAGACACUUGGCACACUUUUCCUUAUAGCACUCUAAAAGACUAUAGAGACAGAGGCCUGUAUACUGUGAUGGCUUAUUUUAAAGAACAUUUUCAAAGUGAUCCUUUUUCCUGUCUUGGCAAAAGAGGUGGAGUUCUUUUCUGACAUAGCUUCACCAGAAAAUGGGAAAGUCUGUCAUGGAGUUCUGCUGAACUGAACAAAUCAGCAUUGAUGCCUCAUCUGGUGCAUUCCAGAAUGACUGGUUCAAGAGUUCUGUCUCCAAACCGGGAUGUACUGAUGCUGGGCACAUUUCCAUAUGAUGUCAAGAUGAAUAAUGUUAAGUUAGAUAUUUUAUGAAAACACACUUGGAGUGAACCCUUUUUAAUCUUAUUUUUCUGCUGUACAGUUGAAACAUUUUAACAUUUUGCUUUUAUGUUUCAAAGCUAACCAUUUUCAGGCAGUGCCUGGUAACAGCUAGCAGAGGUGGAUCUCAAACUGUAAACAAACCAUGUGUUAAAAAAACACAAUGGACCUGGUUGAAGACUUGGUACGCAUAUAUCCAGUAGGAAGGGAAAGAAUGUAAACACUUGUACAGAUCAUGUGGGAACUCUUAAAAAACACAUUUAGAUGCAUAUCGCAGUGGGUUUGUGUUUUCCUUGAAAGCAAACAACCUGGUUUCUAUUCAGGUUGGGUUAAUUAUCAAACCUUGUAUUUCUAGCCUCUGGUAGACAGAUACAUUUAAUACUGUCACAUCAGAGCAUGAAAUCAUAACUGCAUAAGCAACUAUUGUAACAACUGCAAUGCGGGGUCUGUUUUGUACAGUGUACUACUAGAAUUAUUUGCUGUUCUUUUGUAUUCAGUCGCAGUCUCUGCACAGCAGCCACUAAAACCAGCAAAAUAUAUAACUUUGUUGCAGAUACUGUAACUGACAAGGUGCUUUGCAGCAGGUCAUGUUGCUCAGCUUUACCUGAUUAUUUCACACUCUUUGAGACCAUUUAAAUGCAUUUUUAACUGUUAAAUUUAAUUAAAUUGAUAAUGAAACUUAAAGAGCUAAAGACAUGGUAUCAGUCACCUGUUUUCCACAACAGUUUACUGUGCUAAAUAUGCCAUUUUGCAUGUUUCACAGUUUGUUAGGGUGUUUGCUUUUUGAAGUCUGUACUUUUUGACAGUGGACUUGUAAAACUGAAUCCUUGAUCACAGCUACAUUUUCUGUGGUAUUUAAAAGUGCAUAUUUUGAAAGUGUGUGGAAUUGUCAAAGAACAGAAAAAAAUUCUUCAGUUGCUUUGUAAAGACUACCUUAUUUAUGUCUUAAAUCAGUUUUCAUUCUGCUUUUCUCAUUUUAUUUUCUUCUAACUGUGCCCAUCUGCUGCUAUGAUAAACAUGGGUAACUUAGUGCUUACCUUUGUCUGUUGUUCAAAUUUUAAUAUAUUAGAAAAAAAUAUUCCACUACAGACUGACCUAAUUCCAGCAGAGCAGCAUUUUAUUAAUACUGCAAUAGGUGCUGCAUAUAUCCGAGGUUGUCAUUUUUAUAAGAUUAUAAGGUGUUUGGAGUAGCUGAUGAAAAAGAAAUCCAGUGGGUUAUUUUCACCCUUUUAAGAGUUUUUAUUAUGAGCUUUUAAAUCAGUGCAUUUUAUUAAAGUUUAUACAGCUCUUCUCAACAGACCUGUUGCCAAAUAUAUUUGACCUGGUAAUUCAACCAUUGCCUAAGUGUAAUUUUCAGUAUUGUAAAGACUUCGGUGAAGUUCUGUACAUUGAAUUUGGUUUCAGUUUAUCCCAUUAGAACGGGUUGCAUCUGUGGACCUAGUAGCAUAGUGGAUAUGCUACUGCAUGGUUUUUCACUCAUGGUCGCAUAAAACUUGCUUCACAGCUUUCUGUGUGGAAACAGAUCCCCAGUUUGGCAUUGUAGAUUAAUACAUAUCAAAGUUUUCUUAUCCAGGUACCUCUCUGAUGGGUUUCCAGUUCAGUUUGAAGUCAAUAGGUUUUGUAUUUUGAGUGUCUCCUUGAUUGGUUUUUGCUAGUAAUUCUGUAAAUUGUACAUUUAUGAUAUGAGAUUUUUUUCUUUUUGUACAAUUUAAAGCUGAUGCUUCACUUUUCCUUUAAUAAACUAUUCAAAAAUGUGUUUUGCCUAGAUUAAACUUUUCUGACAUUUUCUUCUCUGGGGUUGACCUGUUUAUCAUGACACAUUGCUCAUUGUUUAAUUAGAUGGGGAAUGAUAGCCAUUCUUAACAGAUUUUGUAACCAGUUGUUAAACAUAUGUUAAAGGUAUGUUGGGGAUAAAAAUGUGUGCUUUCCAUUUUGGUUACUUACUUGGAUUAUUUGUUCAGUCCAUUUUGAGCAUACUUUUCCUUUAAUGUGUGUGUAUCCAUUUUGUGUUCAGCUUUUUUACAAGGUACUUUAGAGUAUCUAUGGCCCUAGCCUGACAUAUGGCAUGUAUGCCAAGGCACACAAUUUUCUUAUUAACUUGUCUUUAUAACUCCAAGAAUAUCUUUGCUCCACAAUUUCUGUGGGCCUCUUAAAAGAUUAAUAUCCCUGCUCCAUUGCCAGACUGCCUUCUGUUAUGUGCUGUUCAGUUGUUUGUGUUUUUAAGCUGCCAAAGUAAAUUAAAAUAUUUUUGUACCAGCCAGUGAGAAAUGAA